AUGGACAGUAGACAAUCUCUGUCUUGGGACCUCACUAGCGUCGCGAAGCGCUCAGCUUCCGAGGACCCCAUUGUCUCAGUUGAUAAAGCACUACACUUGAAGCCCAAGGGUAACAUCGGAAAGACUUCUGUGCCUGAAAAGCCUGCUGUUAUCGCAGAGCGAAAUGGCGACGUACAAUUUCGGGUUGUCUUCAAUGACGGAGGCAAAGAAAGUAUGGAAAUCCUUCACAAUCUCAGGUCUAUUUACCGAUAUCAAUAUCCGGAGGCAUCAAAUGACUACCUCGAUCUUGUCAACGAUCCCAAAUAUCGAUCUAUCGCUAUCGUCCGCAUGCCCCAGCAGAUUAUCGGCGGGAUAACAUUUCGACAGCUUGGAACCUGGAAUGUCGCUGAGGUAGCUUUGUGCGCUGUGAUAUCCGAGGAGCAGGUAGAGGGCUAUGGUGCUACCCUGAUUGAUCGUCUGAAAGACUAUAUCAAAGCUACUUCCUCCCACAUAACCCAUAUCUUGACAUAUGCCGAUAACUAUUAUAUCGGAUUCUGUGUUAAGCAAGGUUUUACACGGGCGAGUCUUGAUAAGUCUGUUUGGAAGGAGUGUAGGAAAGGACUUUCUCCAGCAGGCCUUAGUAUCAUCUCCGACCUCGAAUGGCCAACUACAGUGGGCAACGACUUUAAAGCUCUCACGCUCAACGAGACAGUUAACCGUGCAAGAUGCAGAGUCGACUUUAUUAAAGACACACAGAGCCCUGAGCUUUGGCAUAUUGGAUACCGCCUCUCCAAUCCAGCCGAAAAGAUGAUUUGA